GGCCGACAGAUCAUUGUGAGCGCUUUGUGAUUAAGUGUAAGGUAAUAAAUUAGCAGAGGAGCUUUCUGGCGGGCUUGCAUCUGAGAGUUGAAGCUGCAUCGACAUCUUUCUUCACAACAAAAAUGAACCCUCGACUUUUUUACGUUGUUGUUGCAGCAGCAUCUGUUUGUCAAGGACAAAACCAAACGCAGACGCCUAGGAACCACAUUUCAGAUGCUCCAACGUUAGCCACCCUCAUCACAGAGACAUCAUGGACGCCGUCCAAUCAGAACCGGACUUUGAUGAAUCAAUCUGAGGCAAAUACAACGGCACAAACACCCAGCACCAAAGGAGAAGCCACAAACCCAAGUGAAGAACAUGAUAACAAUGACCAGAAGACCACAACACCAGUUGAGGACAACUCUGUGGUUUCCACAAUAUCUCCAAGUGUCCCAAAAGAGACCGCACCUACUGUGGUCUCCCGUACUUCCGUCUGGGGUUACAUCCUGUUGGUGCUGCUUCUCCUCGUGAUCAUCAUCCUUAUAGUCAUCCUUUACUUGUUGAGGAGAAUGUCCCGGACAUACUCGUUUGACCUCCGGAGUGGCAAUUCUGAUGGAGAUCACGCAGGCAACUUUGAGGCACUCUCGCUAAAUGACCGAGGCAGAGAGACCUCCUGUGAUCUUUCCAUGUCUGCAGUAACCAACGGCAUGGUCCAAGAAUUCGAGGAGCAUGCACCACAGGUCCACGUUAACCACUCGGAGACUUCUGGAGACUCCAACCCGGUGGACUCAAAACAGAAGGCUGAUACAUCUGAAGUUAGUGAGGAGAAGUGUGACAAAGGCAACUUCAACGAUUGUUUUGAAUUUGAAUGCUGAAGUUGUUUGUGCGGAAAUAAAAUUAAGGAAUGUGACAUAGAUGUUCAAGCAUUUCCACUAAAUGGCAGAGGUUCCAAAAAAACCUGUCUAUCCAGUUUUGUUUUGUAAAAAUAUGCUGUUUGGCUCAAUAAAUUUUGGGUAUGAAGAAGAUUC